AUGUACCGUGAAAGAUUCGACGCUGCAUGUGAUCCGCCGCGAGUAGAUCGAUCACCUCAUUGGCGCGAAAGGAUCCUAUGCGUUCUUCUGCUGUUCGAAAUGCUAUUUGGCUGUGACGCACGAGAUAAUGGUACGCCAGAUGUUUAUAAGAUACUUGGAGGUGCCAGAAUACGUCAGGUGGACAAAGAUUAUUCACACAUGAAUAACGAAAAAAUAAAUGAAAAUCAAGAGGAUCUCUAUAUCGGUAACAGUGGUAACCCGUGGAAUGCUUCCUCAACGCGUAUAUAUGACAAGGAUAUCUACGUGUAUUCAUCAUCGAACAACGUGACAGCGAAUAACAUGAAAAGUCAAUUCGCAUCACAUCUUCAAUAUCAUUUUCAACCUAAAAAGCUGCACUUCCGAAAGAGUGACAUCUUCGAUUUUGUUGUCGAUUGGUAUACUACAGUAUUUUGGUGUGUUGAUUACAAAUGA